UCUGGGAUACCACUGCUAUCACACUGCUUGGGAAACAUUUUUCUUUGACGUGUUUCGAAAGGAAAUCUGAGAGAGAAUUUUGCAAACGCUUAAUGGUGAAGGGGAAACGUGGCUCGGUUAAAUGGGGAGGAUAUUUGCUUGGCCCUUCAGCUCUCCGUAAAGCGUUUGGUAAUAAUGGUCUUGGUGUGUCGCCUUCUCAUUUUGGUGGAUCCAGUUUCCUUUCCAUCUCAGCACAGCCGGAGCUGAUAGAGCAGGAUCUUGUGGGCCUUCUGGCACAAACCUCUCAGAGGGAUCAUCUUCGGGGGAUCUUCUUUGGAGUUGUACUGUUCAUGGCAAGGAUCUAUUUUCUUGCUGCCUCACUGAAAUUGCAUGGCCUAAACGAAUGAAUAUUUUUAUGAGGCACCUUGCACCAGAGAUGGGCCAGGACCAAACCAAGCAGCAGAUAGAGAAGGGUCUAAAGUUGUAUCAGUCCAAUCAGACAGACAAAGCUCUGCAUGUGUGGACAAAAGUGCUGGAAAAGACCUCAGAUCCCGGAGGAAAGUUUCGAGUGCUGGGGUGCCUGAUCACAGCUCACUCAGAAAUGGGAAAGUACAAAGACAUGCUAAAGUAUGCCCUUGAACAAAUUGACACAGCCAGAGAAAUGGAGGACCCAGACUACCUGACUGAGGGCUACCUGAACUUGGCACGCAGCAACGAGAAGCUGUGCGACUUCCAGAAAACAGUCUCAUACUGUAAGACCUGCUUAAACAUGCAGGGUACCACUGUCAGCCUGCAACUCAAUGGCCAGGUAUGUCUUAGCAUGGGCAAUGCCUUCCUGGGUCUCAGUGUCUUCCAGAAGGCCCUGGAGAGCUACGAGAAGGCCCUGCGCUACGCACACAACAACGACGACAAGAUGCUGGAGUGCAGAGUCUGCUGCAGUCUGGGAAAUAUCUACGUCCAGCUUAAGGACUUUGAGAAAGCCCUGUUCUUCCCCUGCAAAGCGGCCGAGCUUGUCAAUGACUACGGCAAAGGCUGGAGCCUCAAGUAUCGAGCCAUGAGCCAGUACCACAUGUCUGUAGCCUACAGGAAACUGGAGCGCCUGCCAGAUGCCAUGGAGUGCUGUGAGGAGUCCAUGAAGAUUGCCCUGCAGCAUGGUGACCGGCCUCUUCAGGCUCUGUGCUUGCUAAACUUUGCAGACAUUCAUCGCUGCAGACAUGAUGUUGAUAAAGCAUUCCCUCGUUAUGAGUCUGCGCUGGGUAUUAUGACUGAGAUUGGAAACCGUCUUGGGCAAGCACACGUCCAUCUGGGAGUCGCAAAGUGCUGGCUUCUGCAGAAAGAAUUUGACAAGGCUCUUGAUUCUUUGCAGCGAGCACAGGAAUUGGCGGAUGGAAUGGGAAACAAGCUGUGCACACUGAAGGUUCACUGCUUGAGUGAAGGGAUUUACCGGAGCAGGGGGCAGCUGAACGAGGUCAGAGAGCAGGUGGUGAAGUUCCUCCAGUGUGUCGAGGAGCUGGAGCUCUACUGCGGCAUGUGUGGAGAGUCCAUUGGGGACAGGGACCAAAAGCUGCAGGCCUUACCCUGUUCCCAUAUUUUCCAUCUCAAGUGUCUACAGACAAAUGGGACAAAAGGUUGUCCUAAAUGCUUUAAGUCCUCCAUGAAGCCGGGAUUUGUGUGAUUGCGAGGCUGCGUUUGAGCGUUGGAUCUGCAGACACGGCAUGGUGCCUCACAGGCUCCUGACUGAUCUGAGAGACGCAGGCAGCCUUAGGAUGUGCUGAGGAGUGUUUCAUUGCUCUGAGCAGAGGAUGCUGAACUGAAUCCAGAGUGUCGAAGCGUGUGGCUCAGAAGACACGAUCAAGGCAUCCAUCUUUCUUAGACAACAGUCUGAAGCUGAAAGAGGAGGUAUAACCGAUGGAAGUGUUGCAAUUCGAGAUAAGCUGAAGAGCCUACAUGGUCUCUGAUGACUGGCCGUUUGUUGCAGCAUUUAAACAGGAGACGGACCGUCAAAAGAACAUUUACAGCAUAGUACAAUUGUUAUUUUAUACACUGGAAUUGCUUAGUACAAAGUGAAAAGAAAUGAUAUCUCCCCAGACUUAGUGUCGUGACUUUUUGUUCAGAUUCAAAGAUUCAAUGCUGACUUUUUACAGCACAACACUUUGUUCUUUACUCAACAGUUGAGCCAUAUUUAUUACUGAAUCCGUGUACAUACUAUUCUCAUGUCAAUUUCUUUUAAAAGUUUGAUUUAUUUGACGUGUUUUGUAAGUCCUGAAACGAACUAAAAUCUCUUAACCAUUCAAAAACUAGUAUGUCUUUACAAAACAGGUACAUGCAGCUGUUUUCUUCUGUCCUUAUUCACAGAGAUCCAGGAGCCAGCCAGUUUCCUUUUUCCUUUCAUUGCUGGGAAUGUUUCACAUUCAUUAAUUCAAAACGUUUUGAGAAGAAAACCCUACGGGGAAAGGAUCUUUGACCAAUCACACACUUACACACAGUUAUUUGGGGCAAAUACAUUCAGUGUAUUUUAAUGUAUUGUAUUUGUGAAAUGGAUGAAAUGGUGAAAUCUCUGUAUAUUUAGAAUAUUUUCUUGGAAAGGUAUUUUAGUGAAGCCACUUUAACUGAGAUAUCAUGUCAGUGAGGGGUUGCAUGUUUUUUUUUUUUUUACGAUGCUGAAAAAAAAGUUUAGAUACUUCAAAAUAUGCAUCCAUGUGACUGCAUAAGUAUUUAUUUCUUUAUUUCUUUCUUAUUUAGUGGCUUUUAUUAUUCGUAUCCCCUAUAAAUCAUUUCUAAGGAACGAUAUGGAAAGAGCCGUCAUAGCCUGAGGUUUCUCACGUAAAGUCGUUUUGUCUCAAAAACAAAAACUCCUUUCACUAAAUUUCCUGUUGAGAUUGUGCUUGUAGAUAGCUUUAAAGUACUCCCGUGGCCAUUAAAGGGACACACUGAUAAAUUAAACGGCAUAGUGAUAAGGAGACAAAGAUCUGAUUUUGGCUUUGACAAAUGACAGGAGCCUUUUGAAAUACUUUAAGUGCACAUUGGAGAUAGACAAAAGUGAGAGCAACACAUUUACACAUGUGUUUCUGAACAAGCACUUCUAUCUCUGAUUAUAAGAGCACCACUUGACCUUGCUUCUAAAUGGCUGAAUCUUAUUUGAGCUCUCUGCAUUCAAAAUAAUGCUGAUUCACUGUUUACCUGUAGCUCACUCGCUGUAAUGCACAUAUAUUAUCUGCCGGUUAUUCUUGUUGUCUUGUCUGCAGUAUAAAAAAACAACUUUACUGACAGUACAGCCGCCGCUCAUCUUUUAACAAUUUAAACUACCUCUGUUUUUGCCUUUGCAGAUAAAUGCAGUAAUACCACAACAUUUAAAUACAUGUAGAUUUGUUAUGUUUUUCUAGACGUCAUGUUGAUAUAAACAUGAUUUAUUCGAUAAUGUCUCAGCUGUCCAGACAUGGAUUGAGCCUGGAUCAUGGAGACCUUCACAAAAAUUUUCUUUCUGUCUCGGAUGAGGCUUAAUCCAUGUCUGAGAAGCUGACUGUAAGAGUUUGACUAUGAUGCAUUGUUAGUAUGUUUAUGCAUUUAGUCAAACCACCUUCUUGUGUUUAACAUGAUGGUAAAU